GGGAGAAAGGCUCUAAAGCAACCCUGUCUGAAUCCUUCAACUCACUAACCAGUCCACAGCAUCCUGGAGAUCUGCAGCCUACUGAUGCUGUAUAGGACAAUGUUUGCAUGUCCUUGCCGACUUUCCGACUUUCAUUUGGACUGAUGUCACCAACAAGAAGCAGGCUACUCCAUUACUUCCACACGCUGUGUUUUCUUACGUCCUGUACUGCAGAUUUAUGCAACUGGAGAGGAAGUGGUCUGGUGGGCUCGCCUCAGACUGGGUCAGUGCAGCAGGUGCGGCUUCGCUGUUCCGCAGGUUCGGUCACGUGGUUUUCCCCGCGCCACGCUCUGCGGGUCGUGCUACAGCCGAACGUGUGGAGCGCGCGCCAUGCGGCCGUGUGCGUUAAAGCGCUGCGGGGUUUCCACGGGGCCGCCGUGUACGUGGAGCGGGCGGCGGGCUUGGACCUCCUGCUGCAGGACGAAGAGUCUCCGGAGCAGGCGCGCUGCUUCCGCGCGCACAAAGCGCAGACUGUCGCCAUCUUUCUUCUGGCCAGUCCGCAGGGUCACGCAGGUCCGAGUGUCGUCGGGUUCCGGUACGAGCUGCUGCGUGAAGGUAGCAGCUCUACCGAGGUUCAGACAAGCAAAGUGGAAGCCUGUCGGCCGUGCAAUGACUCUGAAAUACUGAAAGCUGUGUGCAGCAGUGACUUUGUGGUCCGUGGCUCGAUAAGGAAUGUAUCCCAUGAUUCGGAGAGAAAGACCUCUGUGGUAGAGGUACAGAAAGGCAGGGUGUAUCGGCAACGGAGCGGAGUGUUUGAGAGAGAGCCAGACCACUCGGGCUCUUGGCAUGGGCACAUCCAUACACUUCUGCAGUGCGGCGUUAAAGCAGGAGCUGGUCAGUUCCUUUUCACCGGAGCUGAACUCUUUGGGGAGGCUUGGCUUGGCUGUGCUCCUCGAUUUAAAGACUUCCAGACUCUCUAUCAUUCAGCCAAGAGGGCACAUCAGAUGCCAUGUGAUUUUUCCAUAGACUAAGAAGAAGAUUCUAAAGCUUUUCUGUAAUAGUAAUUUAGUUAAUGUUCAAGCCAAUUUGAGGAGAAAUUGACACUUGAAGCAGACCAAAGGUAUGGCAUGAUGAUGAUCAGCUUUUGCUCUUUUUCAAUUCUUUAAAGCAAAAGCUUAUUUUUUUUGUGCUAAAGCAAGAGCUUUGUUAAAGACGUUCUUUAUGUGACCCCAUUCACUAACCUUUUCAAAGAGCCAUUCAAAGUUUAAACAGAAUACCAUCAAUGCCAACUGUGAUACAUCAUUUAAAAGGUCUUGGUGUGGGGGUUGAUGUCUGUGUGUGUGUACCUAUAUGUUUCUGAGAUGAUAUUUAACAUAUUGUGGUCAUAUACAGUUAUUUUUAACCAGCUUUGCAGAAUAUGUAGGCUUUAUGUAGUUACAAUAACAUUAUUGAAUAUAUCUAUUCCAUUAUUAUGGUUGUAUACAGGGUAUAAAUGUGUUCUAAAAUUGUUAUCUUGAACGUAGUUUAGAGGUUUGUGAAUAUUCAUAGAUAUUAAAAUAGACGUCCGAUCAUAUGGUUUUGCUUUUUCAAUUAUUUGGAAUUGUUUUUUUUAUAUUGUUCAGCACUUGGAUAAUGGCAUCUGAAUAAAAGCACUUUUUCAUUUUAAUAAAUAAUAUUAAUUAAGAUUGUUGAAUUCAAUAAAAAAUUGGUUUUCAUUAUAUAAUUUAAAUUAUUUUACAUAAGGGGUCCCAAAAGUCUUAGCACAUAGGGAAAAUUAAUGCUCACCCUAGCAAAAUGUUUCAUACUUAGUUUAUAUUAUAUUUACAUCUAUUCAGAAGGAUUCCUUUGAUAAAGAAUAUUUUGGUUUAGCAGGAACAGAUCAUUACAUGCAACACCGGAUAUGCUAACACCAGUUCAUCAUGAAUGAGAGAGAUGACUCCAUGUGUGUUUACACAGAAAUAGCAAUCAUGUAGAACAUGCUAUGUAAAUAUACUUACACUUUGCUUAAAAAGUAUUAAUUUCCCUUGUGUAUGGAGAUUUUUGGAACACCUAGUAUAAUAUUAUAUAACUAUUAUAACUCUUUUUUUUUUUUUAAAGCAUUGCUUUAUGGGAUAAAUCUAAGUGUGUCUUUUGUCUUCCUUCAUAUAUCUUGUUUGUGAAUGUCUCACUGCAUAAUGAGUCUUGUUACAACAAGCCGGACUCAGACAGUGCUGUCUUCAGUGCUAAUUCUGCCUUCUCUGUUGUGGCUCACAUCCCUUUAUGACUGAGGUCCUUUGUAAUCAGGAUCAUCUGUGAAUGGACUAGACCUAGCAGAAAAUGAUAUACAAAUGUGCCUAAGAUAGAGAAAGCUCAGACAUUGCUGAAUUGCCCUAUUCUCUGGGGCUUGGUGGUCUGAAGUCAUGGUUUUGGGAAGCUGGCUAAACAGAUGUGAACAACUCUGGAUCCAAGACUAUAGAUCCUGUCAGUGGGCCCCUCCUAGAAAAGGAACAAUUAAUUGACUUUAUUCUAUUCCUUUUCUUCCGGCUCCACACUUCUACUUGGCUGAGCAGGAUUCACAAAUUGCUGUCUUGGGCCUUUCUGGCGACUAAAUAGCUGCCAAUGAAAGUGUAAAUGACUUCGGAGUGAAUGCAGAUUUCACAAUAGCACCACCGCCACAAGUCUCUGACCAACAUAAUGAUCAUUGUCAUCACGGCUGUCAGCCAGGAGGCUCAGGGGCCCAUGAAUGUAGAAGAGAAUUCAGAGAAGGAGAGCAGAUUAUCCACUCUUUUUUUUAUUUAUUUUUUUUAUUUCUGAUUGCUUUCUGCACUGGAGAUUAUCCAGUUUGACAAAGUCAAUCCUUGAGCACGAUCCUUUCAGUAUAAACCAAAGGAAAUGAAUACUAUUAUACCACAUUCUGUUAUCAACUGCUUAUUUUUUUAAUCUUAAUUAACAUAAUACAAUUAUUAAGAUAAUAAGAUAAUUAUUAAGCCUCACUUCUUUCUUCUCUUAAUGAGUUAGGAAGUUUGGUGAUACAUUUAGAACGAAUGAAAUGAAAGUACCCUUCAAACCCGAUAAAUUUAUACUAUCUGUAAAAAGCUUUUAGCCAAUUAGUUCAUUUGUCUUUGUGGAAAACUAAACAGUUGCUUAACUGGGAUUUGUCCAGAGGUUAAUUGAGUGGGUGGUUUUAUGGGUUAGUCUGGAGACCAAUCACAAUGGUGUUCCUUAUAAGUGACCUUACUGUGUUUUAUUUUCAUCCAGAUUUAUCUGGUC